UCUUUGUUUUCAAACAAUGUAUUAAUGUGUUGAUUUUUUCCCAUUUGCAGGGGUGUCCUAUAUUUCACUCACCAUGCCUAUUUCAAGAAACACUGAGGUUCUUCAUCUGAUUUAAUGUUACUCUUAGUGCUUAAAAAGUAUUUGGGUUUGGGAAUUUGUGGUUAAAUGAGCUCUUAUCCGCAGCCUGGGGAUCUUACCGAGCAGCAGCAGCCAGUUUUUAAUUUUUCCAGUGCUCUUCCUUUUAAGAAGAGAAGAUUUCCUGUAAUCCGGCCGCCAUCUCCUCCUCCGGAAGAAACUAUUUCGAGCCCCAUAAAAAAUGCAUCGAAGAACGAGCAAGAGUCUAAGAUUUCUGAGAAUAAUGAAUUAAAGAGCCAGCAAGAAUUGAAAAUUCAAGAUGGAGAAAACCCAUCUUCGAUUGAUGCAAGAAAUGCAUCUUCUCCUGGGAAUGCUGACAUGAACAAGGCCUCUGUAUCAGCAGUUGAAAAAGACGUGAGCACUAGUAAUACCGAUUUGGGAACACCUAAUACGGAAAAUGUUCAAUCCAAGUUGCAAGACGAGAAGCCCACUGUUAAUUUAAAAUCUGUUGCUGAUUUGGGGAAUAGUAAAUUUGAUAUAUUAUCUAAUGAAAAUUCUCCAGAAUUCGAUGUUCCGAAAAGCUGUGCGCGUUCUCAAAUUGAAGGCACCUGUGGAGUCGAAUCCUCAAUGGGCCCGAUGAGUGUUGAACUGUCGUUAGGAGGGAAAGAACUUGCUGUUCCUUUUACGGAACAUGAAAAAGAUGAAGAUAUCUGCAAUAAACCCGACAAAUCUGAUCCUUCUUUGUUGAGUAUGGCCUUGAGCGACAAAGAACUUGCUCGACUUGAAAAAAUUGAUUCUACUCUAAACGAGGUGGCCAGUCAAGCCAUCACCAAUCGGUCAAACUGGGAUUUGAACACAACCAUGGAUGUUUGGGAAGGUUCCUUGGGUACUAAUGCAUUAACAGACACGCCGGCUGGCAUCUUUGGAUCUCGAAAGAAUGAUGACAUCCAAGAUGAGAAAUUCUCACUGAUUACGGCUGGAAAAAUUGACUUUAGUUUGGAUAAAGGAAAAAAAAUUCUGGAUGUUAGUGGAUCCAAUACUGAUGAUUCCCUUGGUCUUAGACUUGCCACGCCACAUAUGGAGCCAGAUGUUAGAAAAGAGCAUUUUUCAUUAUCAGAUAGCUCGUUUGCCACCAGUUCUACUAGUUGUUUAGGUUUGCAAUCGGUACAAACAUCGGCCUCGCCCGUGAAAUCAGAACCUGUUGAUGAGAAUACCAAACGUGACUGUAACAUGGGUAAUGGUAGCAAUAGCAAUGUGGUGGGGUUAUUGAAGUUGAGUUCCGUGAAAACAGAACUUGUCGAUAAUCACAGAGUGGAAACUGUACUGCAACAAUCUGUUAGCCCGGAAAAAUUAAUUUAUUCUGGCGAGUCAGUGAAAUCUGAAGCUAUUCAUCAGCAUAAUCAGACAGCGUGCAAAUCUGAUGAUAUAGGGAAUUUGAGUGCUGUAGAUCAUGAGGAUACUUUUGAAUUAGAUGAUGAUGAAAAGUUAAACGGCCCAGCUGAAACAACUGAAGUUGGUGUCUUGAUUGAUAAAGGAGAAAACAAACGCAGAAAGGAGGAUGAGGAGUACGAGGAUGGUGAGGUUCGAGAGCCAAUUCAAUGCCCAGGUGCAGAAAAACCAGUUGGGGUUGAAAAGGAAAUGGAGAAUUCUGAGUAUUUCAUGCAUGCUUCUCGAAAUUCGCAGCCUACGGGUGAUCAAGACAUCAUCAGCCCAUCCAAGUUUAACCCACCUAAAGAUUCUGCAAAGAAAAUUCUCGAGGAAACUCGUAACGACUUGAAUGGUGAUAGCCUUAGUCCCUACGGUGAAAUUAACUGUUUGCAGAAAGCUUCGGAAGAAGUGUUGGAAGGUGGGGUUGAUGAGAAGAGAGCCAUCAGUGUAAAUCCUGACGAGCUGCUUCAAAAUUGUCCUGCAAAAGAAAUUUCGGUCUACAAACUAGCUGAUGUUGACUGUGGGGUAAGUAUUGAGCUUGAAGACGCAGAUAACAAUAAUUCAACCUUGUCUAAAUCUGAAACAUCUUUGGACGGCCAUGACUGUGUCAAAGAUUCCAGCAAUUUAGGCAACAAGAGCCGAAUUAUUAAUUUAUCUCGUGCUUCAGCUGUGACAAGUCCUUCCAAAACAGAAUCCGUUACAAAAACGUUACUAACAACACAGAGUGGAAAAGAAAGGUACUCUGGUUUUGAUGGACAGGCACAACAAUGGGGAAAUAAUAGGAAUCUACGAUCGAGUUUCUCGAACAGAAGGAGAAUAUCCGGCCGCUUUGACUCACGGGUUGACUGGGACUCGUCUGAUCAUGACUUCGCAUCCGAGAUCCUUUACAGCCCGUCUGAUUACCGGCCCACCAGGCGCCAGCUCACCUCUGAUCUCGACACUGAAUGCAAUGGCUACGAAAUCCAACAAGAUGGGCCUUCUGACAGACGGAAAUCCAAGAAGGAUGAAUUCCCUUCACUUCGCCGUGACAGAGAGAACCACCAAAUCUUCUCCCUAUUUCGAAAUUCGAGCCCGAAUCGACAACGAGACAAAUUCAUGCGGCAUUUAUCAGACGAAAUUAUCAAUAAUCCUUCUUCAUACAAUAAUCCGCAAGCAAUUUACGAUGAGCUCGAUGAUGGGCAGCAGCAGCAGCAGCAGCUUGUACGGGGCAACAGAAAUUUCUCCAACAUGCAGAGAAGAAAGGGGUAUUCUCGGAACAACCGCUCGAAAUCUCCUGCUCGGGACACUCCGGGUUUUUACAGAAGUGGGAGGAUGAGGUCUCCUGACCGAACGCGUUUUCGUGAUGAGAUGGUUCCUAGGAGGCGUGGGUCCCCCUCAUACGGACCCAGACAUCAUCCUAGUAACGAUCUUAGGAGAGGCUCGCCUGAACGGGACUUCUCGAGAAGCGGCCGUAGAAGAAAUGAAGGGUUCGAUAAUUCUAGGGAGAUGAUGGGGGACUGUGACGAGUACAUGAACGGGCCCGGUAAUAGUAAGUUCAACGAGAGGCGAGGGCCCGUUCGUUCGUUUCGGCCCGGUUUUAACGGCGACAGUGAGAAUUUGAAUUUCCGGUUUAAUCUGGACGAGGGUCAUAGGCCUUACAGAUUCUGUUCGGAUUCAGAUGGUGAGUUUGGAGAGAGGGGAAAUGGUCGAAUGAGAGAGAGGGAGUUUGACAGGCGCGUGAAGCAGCACCAUAAUCAGUCUUUGGGUGUGUCGAGGAGGAUUAGAAAUGUGGAGGAUCAUGAGGAUGGGAAUUACAGGACGGUCGAGCGGGCCUGGCAUGAUAAUGAUGGGUUUUCUGAUGGGAGAGAGAAAAGAAGGAGAUUUUGA